AUGGGGAGCGAGAGCAGGCCCCGGCCCGCCUUCCCCCGCGCAGCCCCGCCCCGCCGCUGGGCCGGUGGCGCACGGGAGCUGGGGGCGGUCGGGCUCCGCAAAGAGGCUACAGCGGCCGAACGACUUUUUAAAGGACGUGAGGAAGACAGCAAAGGCUAUUUAAGCAGAGAAGAUAUUAAAGUUGCUCUAGUCCAUUAUUUGAGAAGUUUUUUAAAUCUCAUGAGUGCAAUGAAGACUGCACAGUUAUACAGUAAUGAAACAAGUCAAAUGUUUACAGCUCUUGAUUUAAAAGAUAGGGGAUUUUUGACUUUCAAAGACUUCAAGAGAGCCUUCAAUUCUGUUUCUCCUAAGUUAUCAGAAAAAAUCAUAGUUGAAGCCUUCAGGGAAGUCGAACAGGAUUCUGAUGACUGCAUCAGCUUCAAAGAGUUUGAAUCUGCAAUGAAGUAUGGACAAGAUGAAGUAUCACCAGUGUACUUUGCCUAA